GGUGUGACGAAAUGAAAUGAUAAGGUUCGCAUCUUUAAUUGGAAAUUACGAAGUCAACAAAAACAAACCACUCCUUCAUGAAUCUCAUUAUCCAUUCUUUCUCUUCCAUCCCCUCAACACUUCCUCUUCAUAACAAAUCAUAUAAUACCCUUCUUCCCUCUCUCAAACUCACAAAACCAUUACACAUAAAUUUUACUACAAAAUCCACCAUGGAUUCAAAUUCAACCUCCACCCUCAACGAUGAAAUAGCCAUCGAUUUAACACCCAUCCUGAAAGUUUACAAAAACGGUCGUGUUGAAAGACUAGUAGGUGAAGAAGUUAUUCCUCCCUCUCUCGAUCCUAAAACCAACGUUGAAUCAAAAGACGUUAUAAUAUCAAAAGAACAUAACAUAUCUGCAAGAAUUUUCAUUCCCAAAACAACAUACCCACCAACACAAAAACUUCCUCUUUUCGUUUAUAUUCAUGGUGGUGCUUUCUGCAUCGAAACACCUUUUUCACCAAACUACCAUAACUACCUGAACUCUGUUACUUCACUGGCUAAUGCAAUUGGUGUAUCUGUUCAUUACAGAAGAGCACCAGAACACCCUGUUCCAAUUGCUCAUGAAGAUUCAUGGUUUGCGUUGAAAUGGGUCGCUUCACAUGUUGGUGGAAAUGGUUCUGAUGAAUGGUUGAAUCAAUUUGCAGAUUUUGAGAAAGUGUUCUUAGGAGGAGAUAGUGCUGGUGCAAACAUUGCACACUAUUUGGGGAUUCGUGUUGGGCAAGAGAAUUUGGACGGUUUCAAAAUUGAAGGGAGUGUUUAUGUUCAUCCUUAUUUUUGGGGUGUGGAUCGAAUUGGUUCAGAAUCUGAUAAAGUUGAAUAUGUUGAAAAGGUUCAUAAUUUAUGGCGUUUUUCGUGUCCAACAACUAUUGGAUCCGAUGACCCGUUAAUUAACCCGGAAAAGGAUCCGAAUUUGGGGAAGUUGGGUUGUAAGAAAGUGCUUAUUUGUGUUGCUGAGAAGGAUUUGUUGAGGGAUAGAGGUUGGUAUUACAAGGAAUUGCUUGAGAAAAUUGGUUGGGGUGGUGUUGUUGAAGUGAUUGAAACAGAGGAUGAGGAUCAUGUGUUUCAUAUGUUUAAACCAACCUGUGACAAAGCUGCGAUUUUGCUCAAUCAAAUUGUUUCUUUUAUCAAAUCAGCUUGAAAAUAUCAUUUACCUUUAUUUUGCUUUACUUUUUUUUUCCUCAAUAAAAUUUAGGGUACCUCCAAAAUAGGGAAAAUCUUGUGGUACAAAAAGACCUUAUCAAUAAGGAUGGAUGCAACUGGAAUUAUAUUUUCUUUUUUAAUAAUAAGAUUUGGAAUAGUAUUAUGUUUUAUGUGUA